AUGGCUACAGCUACAGCUACCUCAGAGCUCAUUUUCUCGCCGCAGGCAAAUCAUAAUUUCUCCCGCAUACUUAGCGAUCUUAAAAGGUCCAACCUCUCUAUCACUAACCGUCUGCGCUCUAUACGGGAAGAUGCAGAUUUCGUAUCCGAGGUAGCAACUGCAUUCGCCCGUCCGCUGAUUGCUAACGAGCGCUGCGGUAGCUGGUACAUUACUCCCAAUAAUAAAGCCGGAUCUGCUUAUUUUAAAAGCACGGAUGGCCACACGGGCCAGUGGAGAUUUAGCACGCGACGGCUUAACCUCAACUUAUUAGGCAUCAUCGGUGCAAACGAUGGCUGCGUCAUCGUGGACUCGACGAGGAGAGGCAAACGAAUGCCUGAUGCCCUCAGUAAGACUGUACCGAUUUGGUGCUGUGUGCUGAACCAUGUUUUGUUUCCGGAAACACCAGCGUUUCAUGAGCUCUACACUCCUCCAAAUACGGUAUCGCAGUCUGAACAUGCCCAGAUGGAAGCAAGGAUCCCUGAGCACGUGGCUUCACUUAAGGAACUUAGUAUCAACGUGGAUGCCUUACGCCAGGAGCUGAAGAAACCGCUGAGACCCAUGUGGGUUACGCAGGAAUCGCAGCUUCUCCCGACGGACCAUGUGUUUGAUGACUUCCAUCCCGUCAUUUGUUGUACUAGUUCCCGUAGAGUUCUUGGCGGGGAGAUGAGCGAGGGGGGUUACAUCCAGGGCGCUGGUGACGAUACCGAGAACUGGGCCCUGGGAUUAACCCCGCCAGUUUUUUGGCGCCAUGCGGAUAUCCUAUUGUCCACCCCGGAGGCAGAUCUACCUGACCUGGUGCGCUCCUUGGUAUUAGAUCAAGCUGUUGAUAUAAAUGCACCAGGUCCUAGGGAAAUUGCGCCGUCUUUAUUUGUCGGCUGCUUACCACUUUCUGGCCCACCAGAUUCUUCAUCAACUUGCACAAUUGCUAUCUACUCAAGGACUACAGACCCAAGCACCUGGGUCAGGAGCCCAUCGUUCAUGGAGGUUGGUGUAGGUAAGCACAAAAUUGCUAGUCGCAAUCUUCGUCUAGCCCUCCCCAAUAUCAAUGACUUCGUGCGCCAGUUCCUGGAACAAAAACCAGAGCCCAGCUCCUCGGAGGAGGAUCUAGGCGCAACCCCUUCGGAGCCAAGGCGUAUCUUGAUUGCUUGCGAUACUGGUAAGGACCUAUCAGUUGGGAUAGCCCUUGCAUUAUUAUGCCAGAAUUUUGAUAGCGAAGGCAACCUCAAACACGACGUACAAUCCUCUGGUCAUACCAAGAGCGAUAUCAGGAUCAAGCUCAGCCGUAUCAUGACCGCCUUCCCUGAAGCAAAUCCAAGCAGAGCAACAUUACAAAGUGUCAAUAGCUAUCUCAUGGGCUAG